AUGACUGCCACCAACAAAAGUAGCUCGGCGAAGGUCUCAAAAAAACCGGUGCAAAAAAAAAAAUACAUAAUCGAUGCUUCGGCUCCUUCUCGCGAUAAGAUUUUUGACUCAGGGGCCUUUGAAAAAUUUCUUCAUGAUCGAGUAAAAAUUAACGGUCGCACUGGUCAAUUGGGUGACGUCGUUAACAUAACCCGUAGCGAAGAUCAUAAGAUUACCAUUAUCACCAGCUCUCAUGUUUUCUCAAAGAGAUACAUGAAAUAUCUUACCAAGAAGUUCAUGAAGAAACAUCGUAUUCGAGAUUGGCUACGCGUUGUCGCUACUGACUCGGUACUUUAA